CUGCUGGUUUGCCGUAGUCUGUUUCCAUGGUGACCACAGUAAACAAGAGCGCUGUUAUCUGUUUAAAUUAAAAGUUUCUCUGAGCUGUUUCUGGCCUGAAAGCUCAAAUGUCGGUCCAGGCGGAUCCCCCGGAGCAGGAGGAGGCUGAUCUGCUCUUCAUCGUGUUUGAAGGAUCCUCCCCGGAGGAUGUGUCCCACGCCAGGCAGCUGUGGAGCUCCCUGUCCCUGCUGCCGCCGCUAGAGUCCCGGCUAGUGUCGGCGGAUAUCCACCAGAGGCUGCCGGUGUCCCGGCCGCAGCGCAGCGGGAGCACCGCCGCCACAGGUCCCGCUCCGGAGCCGCAAAGAGUCCCCGCCCGGCAGCGGCAGGAGGAGAGGCGGCGGUACGCGGCCAUGGGCGACCAGAGGAAGGAGAUCCUGGCUCUGCUGAGGAGGCAGAGGGAGCGGAGGAUCCAGAAGGAGCUGCUCUCUGUGGCCUUCAAGCCCAAAGGAAAGGUCGGCAGAGAAAACGAAGGAAAAGAAAAGCCUGAGGAGGACUCUGAGGAGGACAGGGAGCUGGUCAGGCAGCUUCAGUAGGAGGAAACUGGGAGUGUAGAGAGGAGCAGGUGUGUUUGAGAUAUUUCUGACUGCAGGAUUAAAGUGUUCAGACAACGAAA